AUGAUCACUCGUAGUACGAGUAAAAAACAUUUGCCCAUCAACCCUUCCUCACCUCAUACAUUGCCCCCCACAAUAGACGUAGUACCCAUUAGUUCUCAAAGCCAAUGCAACAGCAAAGUUGACCCGGUCGGAAGCAUGCGAUCAGCACAAACUGCAUCAGGCCAAUCAUCUUCGUCGGCUGUAGCACGGAAAGCGACUGCGGUAGCGGAUUUCAAACGUCGCCGCUACGAAAGGGAGAGGGAACUCGCCAAACAAUUAGAAGAAGUGGAGGAGGCACAACUAGAAGCAGAUUUGAAGCAAAUAGAAGCGGAAGAGUCUCGAAGAGGAAGUGUUUUAAGCAACAAAAGUAACAGUCGAACACGCGAUUGGGUAACUUCUCAAUUUAAUAAUUUAAACUUAGGUUUCGAGGAUCUUUGCCCGGAAAUAGCCCCGGAAGCACUUCAAGGUACCUCACAAAAUAAUAAUCCUACUGAUAUUUUACUAAAGGCGGUUGCCAAUACGGCCGCUGCUGCAAAAGCAAUUGCAACCAGUCAAGAAAAGCAGUGUAAAACAAAUUUAAUACCAUUUUAUGGUAAUUGUCUUGACUGGACUCAGUUUAAACGUAUUUAUAAUUUAACAAAGCCUUAUUUUACAAAUGCAGAGAACAUUAACCGACUGCAGCACGCCAUCAGAGGCCCGGCACGUGAAGCUGUGGCAUCGAUCUUAGUUUGCGGUGAAGACCCUGAAUUAAUCGUCGCAGCUCUCGAAGAGAACUUUGCACGGCCGGAGGUGGUGGUUCUCAAGGAAACAGCGGCAUUAAAAAAUCUGCCGCGUCUGGGUAACGAUUUAAAGGAAUUAGGAAAUCUCGCCAAUCGAGUACGUAAUGCAGUUUCCAAUAUUAAAUUAUUAAACCAAGUAGAAUAUCUGUAUGCUCCUGAACUAUUCCAUGCUAUUUUGGGAAAACUAAACCCUGUCAUGAAACUUAGGUGGUCAGAUUUCGCUGCCCAAGAACAAACAAAUAAACCGAAACUAGAGGUUUUAUCUAAAUUUUUAGUUAAAGAAUAUCAACAGUUUACCAAGUUUAGUUUGUCUCCUGAAUUAGUUCUAGCUCAACCGACAUUUUUCCAAAAAGAUCCUAAACGAGAAAACAUUCAUGUUGCAUCCGAUAUGACGGUAACGGGCCCUGCCGGCAGCCGUGACGUCUAUGCUCUUCUUGAUGACGGAAGUACUGCGACGAUAAUUGAAGCUGACAUAGCCACGGCUAUAGGUGCCACAGGACCCACACAAAACAUCACCGUGAAUGGUAUAGGUGGACUCAGCACAAACAAAACCAUUUCAUUUGUUGAUUUUAAAAUUAAAGGCAGGUACACACAUGACACAUUUCUAAUAAAAAAUGCAAGAGCUAUGUCAGGUUUAUCUCUGAGUCCACAGACACUUCAUAGAGACAAUAUUGCAUCUUAUGAACAUUUACUUGACUUACUCGACAUUUUGCCAUAUGAAGGUGCUAUUGCAACGCCCUCCAUUCUUAUAGGUGCUGAACACUGGUAUUUGUCAAUUACGCAAGAGAUUCGUAAGGGCAAACAUAAUGAACCAGUUGCUUGUUUGACAGCUUUGGGAUGGACGUUGUACGGCGUAGCGUCUAGUGAAACAAAAUUAGUCGAAUUUGUUAACAAUUUAUCUUGGUCAACAAAGUCCAGCAAAAACGAAGAAUUAGAUUUGUUUAUCAAAAAUCAGUAUAAAUUAGAUUCUAUCGGUAUUUCAAAACAAGACACUAUACAUAGUAAGCAAGAUAUACGUGCAAUACAUAUUUUGGAAAAGACUGCGAAACGCUUGCCUUCCGGACGGUUUGAGGUAGGUUUAUCUUGGCGUGAUGAUAUUUUUAAUGUACCUGAUAGUUACCCACAAGCGUUGUCACGUUUCCUAUCUUUAGAGAAGCGAAUGCAGCGUAGUACAACCUUUUCAAUGGCGUAUGAAACAUUCAUCAACAAUAUGUUAACAAAAGAGUAUGCUGAAGAGUGUGAUCCUGAUUCUUAUCAUAAACAAUAUAAGAGUCAAGACGUACGAGUAGAUCCAUCCAUUAAGUUUUACUUACCACACUUCGGUAUUUACCACCCACAAAAACAUAAAUUACGCGUUGUGCUCGAUGCAGCCGCUAAGAGUGAAGGAAUCAACUUAAACAGUUUACUUAUUCCUGGGCCUGACUUGUUAAAAUCUUUAUUAAAUAUUUUAUUCCGUUUCCGUGAAGGACGAGUAGCACUAAUUGCUGACAUAAAAGAGAUGUAUUCUCAAAUUCGCGUAAGAAAACAAGACAGAGAUGCGCUACGUUUUUUGUGGAAAUCAUCUUCAUCUAAUUCUAGUUUACCAUUAACAAUCAAAGAGUAUCGAAGGUCAACCGUAAUAUUUGGUGCUUCUUGUUCACCUUUUAUCGCACAAUUUAUUAAGAACAAGAAUGCUAAAUCUUUCGCGGAGCAGUAUCCCAAAGCUGUAGAUGCCAUUUUAUACGAUCAUUACAUGGACGAUUAUGUCGGUUCAUUAGAUUCUAUAACUGAAGCAGCCCAACUUGCUCAUGAUAUCGUACAAAUUCACAGCGCGGCUUGUAUGGAGAUGCGAGGAUGGACAUCCAAUGAUCGCGCAGCCUUAAAUAUGGUAAAUACAAAUUUACAAGCUGCUCAGAUGUUGGAUGUUAAUUCGAGUGUUUCUUGUGAUGUCAAAGUAUUAGGUGUAGAGUGGAAUCCUAGCGUAGACCAAUUAGGUUUUAGAGAUCCAGGUUUCAGCUUCCCAAUUACUUUGACAAAACGCGAAGUUCUGUCUAUGCUGAUGAAAGUAUAUGACCCCUUAGGGUUGCUUGGUCCUAUUGUAGUAAAAGGACGCAUAUUAUUUCAACAAACUUGGAGAUCUGGUAUUGAUUGGGAUACUCAUCUUCCUACCUCCGAGGUCAAUAAAUGGACCGCCUGGUAUCGGGAGCUUACCAACGCAGUAACUAUUAAGAUACCACGUUGGUACGCCUCCGCUGAAGGUUCUGAGCCACUUCAGAGAGAUCUUCACAUCUUUGUUGAUGCCAGUGAACAAGCCUACGCUUGUGUAGCAUAUUGGCGAUUUAAAUACAAAAACGAAACUAUUAAAGUAGCUUUGAUAUGUAGUAAGGCCCGCGUUUCACCAUUAAAGCCGACAUCUAUUCCAAGACUCGAAUUGCAAGCUGCUUUAAUAGGUUCCCGUCUCGCUUUAGCUAUCCAGGAAGGUCAUCGCAAAAAACCUGACAACAUUUAUUACUGGACAGAUUCGAUGAUCGUUCUUGGAUGGCUGCGAAGUGACGCACGCUCAUUCAAACCGUUCGUAGCCCACCGCGUCGCGGAAAUUUGUGAGAACUCUAACAUAGAAAACUGGCAGUGGGUACCGAGCGAGUUUAACGUAGCGGAUGAUAUAACACGUUCGGAACAUAUUAAUUUUGACUCUAGUCAUAGAUGGUUUACUGGACCAUCAUUUUUACUUGAUUCACCAGAGAAUUGGCCUUCAAAGCCAACCAAAUUUCCUCAAAAUUCUAGUGAACUUAAAUCACAACCUGCUGAAUCAAUUGCAGUUGUCGCUUUAAUAUCAUUACCACAACCAGUUACAGCAGAUAUCAAUCGUUUUAGCAACUGGUUACGUUUAUUACGUGCUACAGCACGAGCUCACCAAGCUGCAGAGUGUUUUAGAAAUUUUUUGGCUUGCCGGCAAAAUUCCAAAAAUACAAAAGUUCUGCGAUUUUCUUCAGCCACAACUACCGCUUUGCCACCUUUAACUGCAGAUCAUAUAAAAGCCGCAGAAAGGCACAUUUUGCAACGCGCUCAAAUGGAUUGUUUUGCUGAAGAACUAUAUGCUAUUUCCAAUUCGCUGCCGCUGACACGUCGCAGUCGCUUGAAGAAAAUGUCGCCUGUGUUGAAAGGACGAUUACUUCACAUGUCCGGUAGAAUCAAAGCCGCUGAAGGCAUUGACCCUGAAACUCGUUCUCCAGUUUUACUCGAUGGUCAUCACCCUGCAGUACGCUUAUUGAUCCAGUCUUAUCAUGAAAAAGCCGGUCACGCAAAUAAUGCUCUGGUUAUUAACGAAAUUCGUCAGAGAUUUUGGAUUGUUGGACUUCGGAACACGAUCAGAUCUAUUGUGAACAAAUGUAUUCUCUGCAAGAUCAGAAAAGCUCAACCAAUGAACCGAAUAAUGGGAGACCUUCCACCUCAAAGGCUCGCACAUCAUCAGCGACCUUUUACUUACACUGGUAUUGACUACUUUGGACCCAUCACUGUUACCAUAGGACGUCGUCACGAAAAGCGCUAUGUAGCACUUCUUACUUGUCUUACAUGUAGAGCGAUUCACCUUGAAAUAGUUCACAGCCUAUCAUCAGACUCAGCAAUAAUGGCUUUAAGGAGGUUUAUAGCACGUCGCGGAGUACCUCAUACUAUUUUUUCGGACAACGGAACUGCCUUUGUUGGAGCUAACCGAAUAUUACAAGAGUUCUAUUCGAAUUCUGUUGAAGAUUUUGCAGCCUCUAAUGGUAUAAAAUGA